UCCGAGCCCGCCCUUAGCCUCCGCGCCCUCGGGUUAGGGGGGUCUCUGCGGCUGGACUCGCUCGGCACCACGCUUGUCGCCGCGGAUCCCGGGAAGCCUCCGGGAUGGUCUACUUCCUCCUCUGAGUUCUAGCUAUCCUCCGGCCUCAGCGCCCAGGCGAGCCUGCCCACCGGCCUUUUCUUGUCCCGAUCUCCCUGGUCCUGCACUUUGGUUUGGUUGCGCUGUUCCGCCGUCAGAUCCUGGUCUGUGAGUCCUUAGUUAGGACCUGGGCCUUUCUUCUUCUGGAUUGUGGCUCAGAGUUCAUUGGUGCCUAGCGAUACAAUGUAUAUUCUCCUGAUAACUGUUGGUGGGAUGGUUUUGUACUUUGACUCGUGAUGAAAUGUCAGGUAGGGGUCCCGGGGGUUGCAUGCUUCUCCACCCCCGAAUUAGCUCUCAGAAACAAGGAUAGGUGUAGCUAACCCUUAGCCUCAGUAGUGCGUCAGGCCCACAUGGCUUAAGUAAUUUAAGAUCACAAAACUAAGGAGUUUCGUUUUAUUUUCCUUAUCCAUCCUUCUGAUUCCUCUUCAGACAGAUAACGUGGUGGCUUUCUUUUUUGUGAGACCAUCUUAACUUUGUGGCUCAGGGCUGUCCUGAAAUUCUUAAGAGAUCCUGUCUCAAAGACUGGCAACACCACCCUGUACCCCACCACUCGAUUAGUGGGGUAAAGGCCAUGUCGCCUCCUGGAAAAGUUCCCCGGAAGGAGAACCUGGGGCUCCAGUGUGAGUGGGGGUCCUGCUCCUUUGUGUGCUCGGCCAUGGAGGAGUUCUUCGACCAUGUCACUCAGCACCUGCAGCAGCACACGCAUGGCUCUAAGGAGGAAGAAGAGGAAGAGGACCCACUUGAGGAAGAAUUCUCCUGCUUGUGGCAGGAAUGUGGCUUUUGCUCUCUGGACAGUUCUGCCGACCUCAUCCGCCAUGUCUACUUCCACUGCUACCACACCAAGCUGAAACAGUGGGGGCUGCAAGCCUUACAAAGCCAGGCUGACCUCAGCCCCUGCAUCCUGGACUUCCAGAGCCGGAACGUCAUCCCUGACAUCCCUGACCAUUUCCUGUGCCUGUGGGAACAUUGUGAGAGUAUCUUCGACAAUCCUGAGUGGUUCUAUCGGCACGUGGAUGCACACAGCCUGUGCUGUGAAUACCAAGCUGUCAGCAAGGACAACCAUGUGGUGCUGUGUGGCUGGAAAGACUGUACCUGUACCUUCAAGGACCGGUGUAAGCUUCGAGAACACCUCCGCAGCCACACCCAGGAGAAGGUGGUGGCCUGUCCCACCUGUGGGGGCAUGUUUGCCAACAACACCAAGUUCUUAGAUCACAUCCGUCGCCAGACCUCAUUGGAUCAGCAGCGAUUCCAGUGUUCCCACUGUUCCAAGAGAUUUGCCACAGAGAGGCUCUUGCGUGACCACAUGCGGAACCAUGUGAAUCACUAUAAAUGCCCUUUGUGUGACAUGACCUGCCCUCUGCCUUCUUCACUCCGGAAUCACAUGCGCUUUCGACACAGUGAGGACCGACCCUAUAAAUGUGACUGUUGUGACUACAGCUGUAAGAACUUGAUUGACCUCCGGAAGCACCUGGACACCCACAGUGAGGAGUCAGCCUACAGGUGUGACUUUGAGAACUGCAGCUUCAGUGCGCGCUCGCUCAGCUCUGUCAAGUCCCAUCACCGCAAAGUGCAUGAAGGAGACUCAGAGCCAAGGUACAAAUGUCAUGUCUGUGACAAAUGCUUCACACGUGGCAACAACCUCACUGUGCACCUUCGCAAGAAGCACCAGUUCAGGUGGCCCUCAGGACAUCCUCGCUUUCGGUACAAGGAACAUGAAGAUGGCUACAUGCGACUACAGCUAGUUCGGUAUGAGAGUGUGGAGCUGACACAGCAGUUGCUGCAGCAGCUACAAGAAGGAUCAGAUCCAGGAUUGGCACUGAAUGAGAGCAGCCUGCAGGGCAUUGUUCUAGAAACAGUGCUAGGGGAGCCAGGACCUGAGGAAGAGACAGAAGAGGAAGGUAGGGUUGUUGAGGGGACUGCUCUCUCAGCUUCUCAGGACAACCCCAGUUCUGCCAUUCAUACGGUCAGUCAGACAGACACCCAAGGCCAGCGAGACAUUGUCUACUAUGUACUGUCUGAAGCCCCAGGAGAGCCCCCGCCAGUCUCCGAAACAACCUCAAGAGAGAUGGAAAAGCUUCAAGGAAUAACUGAGGAGCCAGAGCUCCAGAUGGGCUGAGGCUGCAGAGCCUGACCGGUCCUACUCCAGAUCGUGAAGUUUGAGCCAGGCAGGAAGCAGUGCCCAGUGGGCAGCCUUUGUUCUCGAUGCCUUUAGAUGUGGUGCUGAGAACAGUGUGUUCCCCUCUGACUCAGGAGGCGUCAUUCUAUAGACCCUGGGAGUUGGAUUCGUUGAGGAAACCCUACAUGUAUGUUCUUAUUAGAGGAGCUGUUACCAGGUUUAAGUGUACUUCCUUGGCAUGCUAGACAGUAAGUAUUUAGUCUACAUCCAUUCCAAUCUCCAGGGAUCCAUCGAUCCAUCGACCCAGGGAUGAGUCCUUUCCAAGGGCCUUUUCCUCACUGUAAGUUAAGCAUUGAGAACCAGGUGCCAUUUCUCUCAAGGUUUCCUUUUACAUUCCAGGGACACUUGUUAUCUUCAGGGACAGAACUAUAGAUACUAUGUAUGUGUGACAGUAGUCUUUUGGGGAAUAAAAGAAACACUUGGGCUGUUACUUAUUUCUCAAGUUUGAUGGCAGUUAACUAAGUACAGACUCAGCUGCUUAGAAGUAGAGCUGCGUAAUUAGACUUCUCCCUUUAGUGCUCAGGACGGUUUCUUUAUACCCAUUUAGAGGAAGAGGUCCACUUCCUCCAGAGCAUCUUCCACCUCUGAAAGGAAGCUCCAUGGACUUGGCCAUGAAUGAGUGCUAGCACUGUUACAGGGUGGAUACAAAUGGCACCUGGACAGUACCCUCCGUUCUUUAGAACCCUGUGCCUCUGGGGUAGGUUGGGGUGUGGGACUGCAAAGGAAUCAGAAAUGGAGGUAGGUCGGGAAGUCAUCCUAGAGAAUGCCAAAUACUCAAGGGCCAGGAAUCAAGCUAGAAAAUCUAUACAGUUUCCUACAGAGUGGAUCUAUUUUGAUAAGCUUAUAUCACAUAUACGUUUAUUUGUGUGUAUGAGUGUUUUGCCUUUAUGUAUGUAAGUAUACCAUAGUUA